AUGGGCGCGCGAGACGCGGCGUCGCCCGUGCGCUCGCUCGACGUCGCGCGCGCGCGCGCGACGUGGACGGCGCUGGACGAGGCGAUUCGAGGCGACGCCGGCGCGUGGACGUUCGACGACGACGACGACGACGCGCGCGCGACGACGAGCGGACGCGAAGAGCGCGACGCCGGUGAUGCGAUUCGCGCGCUCGGGUACGCGAUCGUGCCGCGAUGCGCGAACCGAGCGCUGGCGAGGCGAGUGGCGACGCUCGCGCGCGGGUUGGCGGCGCGAGGCCUGGAUCCGACGUACGUUUUCGUGUACGAGGACGCGUGGACGCUGUUGCGAACGAUAGAAACGGCGUGCAAAAGUCGAGGAUGCUUUGGUGGGUUAAUCAUGAAUUACGACGUGCUGGCGUGGUGCGUGGAUCCGGUGAGCGAUGGGGAGGCGACGACGGCGUUUUGUCCGCACCGGGAUCGACAGCCGGACGACUCGCCGGGAUCGUUUUCGGAGAAUGGGGACGCGAAGUACGCCACAGCGUGGGUCGCGUUGGCGAAUGAUGCGACGCCGGAGAAUUCGUGUUUGUACUGCGUGCCGAGACCGCACGAUCCGGGUUAUUACGACGGCGAUGAUGACGACGCGAACGCGAAGGAUCCCUUGAGCGUGGCCUUGGACUCAAAAAAAGCGUUUCAAUACGUUCGCGCGUUGCCGUGUAAAGCGGGCGAUGGCGUGGUUUUCACCCAUCGGUUGAUACAUUGGGGAUCGAUAGGCGAGGGGCGCGAGGACAGGCCGAGGAUUAACAUCAGUUUUGGAUUCGCCUGCGAAAGCUUUGAACCGGCGUACCUGACGAGUCGCUCGCGCGUGCCCAGUUUCGACGAACGACUUGCCCUCGUCGCAGGGCAGUUGAUAUGCUAUCACGAAAGGUUUCCACCGAACGCGAAAGAACUUGGUGUGUUGAAGAAGCUAUUCGACGGCAUGAAGUCGAGCUUCGACGACGCGUACGUUCGAAAGGUGAAUAAAGAAUUCGCAAACGCCGCGCUGCGCGGCGAGAACGACGACGAGGUCGAAGAAGACGCGCUCGACGCCAUGCUCGACGCCGCCGAUGAUUUUGACGACGAUUUUGAUGAUUUUGAAGAUGGCGUCGAAGGUGAUGCGUACGGACGAGUCGCCGACGGAGAUGACGCUCUGGCGAAACGAUCGAAAAGGAAGUGA